GAAAAGAAAAAAGAAAAAGAAAAAGAAGGACCUAUUUAAAGAAAGUUAUUAGGGUUUUUGGGGGCGUUUCUCUCUCGCAAUCCUCUGGAGCUGUUCCAACAUGGCUGUCGGAAAAAACAAGAGGAUUUCGAAAGGAAAGAAGGGUGGCAAGAAGAAGACUGUCGACCCAUUUGCAAAGAAGGACUGGUAUGAUAUCAAGGCACCCUCUGUGUUCAAUGUCAAGAACGUCGGGAAGACUCUCGUUACCCGUACUCAGGGUACCAAGAUUGCUUCUGAAGGGCUUAAACAUAGAGUGUUUGAGGUAUCACUGGCUGACCUUCAGGAAGAUGAGGAGCACGCCUACAGAAAGAUUAGAUUGAGAGCUGAAGAUGUUCAAGGCAGGAAUGUUCUGACUAAUUUCUGGGGAAUGAAUUUCACCACUGACAAGUUAAGGUCGUUGGUUAGGAAGUGGCAGACAGUGAUUGAAGCUCAAGUGGAUGUUAAGACCACAGAUAAUUACACGCUGAGGAUGUUCUGCAUUGGGUUUACAAAGAGACGCCCAAACCAGGUCAAAAGGACCUGCUAUGCACAAUCCAGUCAGAUUAGACAGAUUCGUCGCAAGAUGAGGGAGAUAAUGGUCAACCAAGCAACAUCAUGUGAUCUUAAAGAGUUGGUCCGUAAGUUCAUUCCUGAAUCAAUUGGAAAGGAAAUUGAGAAGGCUACAUCUAGCAUAUACCCUCUACAGAAUGUUUUCAUUCGGAAAGUCAAGAUCUUGAAAGCUCCCAAGUUUGAUCUUGGAAAGUUGAUGGAGGUGCAUGGUGAUUAUUCGGAAGAUGUUGGCGUGAAGGUAGAUAGGCCUGCUGAAGAAGCUGUCGAGGGGGCUACCGAAAUCGUUGGGGCUUGAAAAAAUGGAUUCUUGAAUCAACUUUCUUAUAUUUACGAAUGAACUGUCGCAUUUUAAUUUUAAUUUUUUAGUUUUCCCUUUAGUUGUAGUCUUGUUUUUCCGCCAAGUUGAGAAAUCAGAGAUAAUCAGCGAUUUUGACUAUGAAAAGUACUUGCUGCCUUCAAAUUAAGCUUCAUUCCUUGGAACCAUUUGAAUAUACAUGUGAAUCGUUCUCAUGGUA